AUGUCACAAUCCUUACGUCCAUACCUCCAAUGCGUCCGUUCUUCUCUCACCGCAGCCCUCUCGCUUUCCAACUUCGCCUCGCAAGUCGCCGAACGACACAACGUGCCUGAAAUUGAAGCGGCAAGCGCUCCGGAAGUCCUGCUCAAUCCUCUGACGGUAGCUCGCAAUGAGAACGAGAAGGUUCUCAUAGAGCCCAGCAUCAACAGUGUGCGAGUCAGCAUACGCAUUAAACAGGCGGACGAGAUUGAACAUAUAUUAGUACACAAGUUUACCCGGUUUCUCACACAACGUGCCGAGUCCUUCUUCAUCCUGAGACGGAAGCCGGUCAAGGGCUACGACAUAUCAUUCCUGAUUACCAACACUCAUACGGAGGAAAUGCUGAAGCAUAAACUGGUGGAUUUUAUCAUUCAAUUCAUGGAGGAGGUUGACAAAGAGAUUUCAGAAAUGAAGCUAUUUUUGAACGCCAGGGCUCGAUUUGUGGCUGAGAGCUUCCUGGUCCCGUUUGACUAA